CUAUCCUCCAAUUAUUCAAUACAAAACAGCCCCAAAAUUGACCGAAAUUCCCGAUUUUCUCCGAUCAAUUUCCGAUUCGCCUCCGCCAGAUCUGCCAUGAACCCGCCGGGAUAUCCCGCCGGCGGCAGCCCCAGAAAGAAGGAGAUCCAGCUACAGGGUCCCCGUCCGCCGCAACUCCGCGUCAGUCAAGAUUCCCGCAAAAUCAAGAAGCCGCCGCCACACCCUCAACCGAUUCCCCCAGCCGGACGCCCACCUCUCCCACCCGGCGCCGGCGCCACCCAAUGGCCUCAGCCACUCAUCAUCUACGACAUCUCCCCUAAAGUCAUCCACGUCCCAGAGAACAACUUCAUGUCCGUCGUCCAACGACUCACUGGACUCUCUUCCUCCGGCGCCGCCGCCCCCGACGGCGAUCUCUCCCCAGCGGCGAGGCUGGCCGCAAUCGAGAAAGCCAGUCCCCGACCGGAAAGAGAAAGAGAAAUCGACGUUAGCGAGAUGAUGGAUUUGGGGGAGAUUUCGGUGGAGUUAUGGCAAACCCCUGGAAUCCUAUCUCCGGCUCCGGCGAGUCUUGCUCCGAUUCCGACAGGGUUUUUCUCGCCGGCGACUGAGCUUCAAAAUUUGUCGUAUUCGUUAAUUCAGGAGCUGAGCCCUCAUUGGCCAAGCCCUUCUGCUCUGUUUUCCCCAAUUUCUUCACCAAAUCUUUUCAACAAUCUCUUUGAUUUCUAG